CUACAUGGCUUGUGACACCAAGAGCUAGAAAACAAGAGAGAGAGAGAGAGAGAGAGAGAUAAUUUGAAAGGAAAAAGAUGGAAUUCAAGAAGUAUUAUCUUGAUCUAAUCUUGGUACCUCUAUCGUUUAUGAUAUUUUUUGGGUAUCACUUUUGGCUAUGGCAUAAGGUUCGGACUCAACCACUCUCAACAGUUAUUGGUACCAAUGCUCAUGGACGCAGGUUAUGGGUAUCCACCAUUAUGAAGGACAAUGAAAAGAAAAACAUCUUAGCGGUCCAAACAAUUAGAAACACAAUCAUGGGAUCAACUCUAAUGGCCACCACAUCAAUACUUUUGUGUUCUGGUUUAGCGGCGGUUAUCAGCAGUACAUACAGUGUUAAAAAACCACUUAAUGAUACUGUUUACGGGGCACAUGGAGAAUUCAUGGUCGCACUAAAAUAUGUAACCGUCCUUGUUCUCUUUCUCUUCUCUUUCAUGUGUCAUUCUCUUUCGAUUAGAUUCGUAAGCCAAGUGAACUUCUUGAUCAACUGCCCACAAGAUUUGACAAUAGUGACUUCAACAUAUGUGUCAAAGCUUUUAGAGAAGAGUUUCACACUUAAUGCAAUAGGAAAUCGACUUUUCUACUCUGCACUUCCCAAUGCUCUUUGGAUUUUCGGGCCAGUUCUUGUGAUAUUAAGUUCAUUAACCAUGACGUUUGUGCUUUAUAAUCUUGAUUUCUUGUUUGGAGAUACGAAAAAGGAGAGGACACAUGAAGUCGCAAAUGAGGUGUAAUAUAUACGUGCUCGUUGAAAUUGUAAUUUUGUUUCUUUGAUUUGUUGUCGUUAUAUAUGAGACUUAAGUAUA